AUGUCUUUCAAACCUUAUGGACUUAUCAAGACGUGGGCAUUGCAUGGUGCCUAUCUCGAAGCUAGCGAUCCCGAAAAACGAGAGUCUGCUACGGUUCCUUUAUGGCAGGAUAUCCUCAACUACUAUAUGGCGACUGAUGGUAUUGCUGUGAAUGGGCAACAGCCUGUGGAUGACACAACCAAAGCUGUAGACAUUAUCGCUCGUUAUUAUGACAACAAAUUCCGCCCUAUCACUCUACUUAUGGUAGAAUGUAAGCGUCACAGCAGAACUCCUUGCUCUAUUCAAGAGAUGGAAGAACAACUUUAUGAUUUUGUAAAGGAUACCUUUUCACCAGAAGAAUUGGCACAUCGACCCGAAGUAUAUGGUGCAGUUGCAUAUGGAACGAAGAUUCGAGCUUGGACUGUUGUGUUAAACGGAGGUCAUAUUGAUGUCCGUCCCUAUUGA